AUGUCGGAGCAGGAGAUUCUCGAAGAAACUCCAGCUGCGAGGAAGAAGCGUCUUAAGGACGAAGAAGCGUGGUUAGAACGAGACGAUAAAGCAUUGAAUCUGAUCUUCAUGUACGUGAACGAUCUCGUGUUGAGGAAGCUUGACAAGUGCACAACAGCAGCGAAGGCAUGGGAAACCUUGGAUCGUCUUUAUCUCGCGAAGACGUUACCUAACCGGGUCCAUUCGCAAUUGAAGGUAUACUCGUUCAAGAUGCACGAUUCUAAGUCAAUAGAUCAGAACGUUGAUGACUUCACAAGGCUAGUGGCAGAUCUUGGAAAUUUAAGCAUUGAAAUUCCGGAAGAGGUUCAGGCGAUUCUCUUGUUGAACUCGUUACCCUCAAGGUAUGAUCAAUUAAAGGAAACUCUCAAGUAUAGCAGAGAGGGGAUCAAGAUGGAGGAAGUAGAUAGUGCAGCAAGGUCAAAGGAAUCUGAGUUUAGAGAUAUGCCAAGCUCAAGAAGCAAUGAUGGUGAAGGUCAUUACGUAAGAGGCAGGGAAGAAACACGGAGCUUCAAGCCAGGAAAAGGGAAGCAAAAUCACAAGUCAAGAUCAAAGUCUAGAGAUGGCAAGAGGGUUUGCUGGAUUUGUGGAAAGGAAGGGCACUUCAAGAAGCAAUGUUACAAGUGGUUGGAGAGAAACAAGGGCAAGUCUUUCUCUCAGGAUAAUGGUGAAGCAUCUUUGGCUAGAGACGAUGCAAAGGAUUUGUUGGGUCUCGUAGCUCAAGAGGUGAAUCUUUCCCAAGGAAUCAGCAAUGGUGAUGAAUGA